AUGGCAUCCAACGAUUACUACCACGUCAACAAACCACCUGCAGCAGCGUCUCCGCCACCUGCUCCCUAUUAUCCUGGCAGCGCGUACAACAACAUCCCUUCAACAAGUUCUACGCCUGCUCCUCCCUACAGUCAAAUAUCACAAGCCCCCGGCGCCUCUCACCCGCCACCGCGCGGAAACACCGUUUCGCCUUUUGAAUCAGUUUUCGAUGAUCAUGUUUAUCCAGUAGACUCGACUCAAGACGGCUUUCGGCACAACGCCAACCAAACUCCUCAAAACACGAACAACCCCAACGUUCAGCGCAUGAACACGGUUCACACCGUCAGCUCUGUCUACAGUAGCGAUAAUCCGAACGACCCACGAAACAUGCAGCCUCUGCCCCCCUUGCCUCAGCAACACAACGCUUACGGCCAGCAGCCCGACCCGUACGGACAGCAAUCCAAUCCUUACAACCAGCAAUCCAACCCCUAUAACCAAGACACCGCUUACUACGGUCAGUCGUCGGCCUCCCCCGACUCUAGUAGACCUCAUGUAGCGGACAACAUCCCCCUGCAAAGUCGGCAGGAGCAUAAGCCAAAUGACAUCGAGAUGAACGAGAACGAUCAUGUGUACGACGCGCCUCAGGGAAGUCGGCGCUCGAAGAGCCGUCGUGACAAGAAAAAGGUUGGCUUUGGUCAGCUGGGCAUGUUUGGCGCGGAUAGGAAGGGCAUUCCAUGGGUGGUAUAUAUUUUUACCCUUGUUCAAGUCGCCGUUUUUAUCGCCGAGAUUGUCAAGAAUGCUCAAUUGACGGGUUCGCCCAUCAUGACCAAACCCAGUUUCAACCCUAUGAUUGGGCCUUCGACUUAUGUCAUGAUCAAUAUGGGUGCUCGUUAUGUUGCCUGUAUGCAUAACGUCAAGGGUAUUCAAGACUUGGGCGAAACUAUCACAUGGCCCUGCCCCAACUCGACCUCGUCCGAUGCCAACAACCCGUCUAACCAGUGCGGACUCGGUGAUCUUUGUGGUUUCGGCGGAGUUCCUGAGCCCACCUAUCACGAUAUCAACCAGAAGCCAGAGCCCGAUCAAUGGUUCCGCUUCAUCACGCCUAUUUUCCUGCACGCGGGAUUGAUCCACAUCGGUUUCAACCUGCUGCUGCAGAUGACGAUAGGUAAAGAGAUGGAGAUUGCCAUUGGCUCUAUUCGCUUCUUUUUGGUCUACGUGAGUGCUGGUAUAUUCGGCAAUGUUAUGGGAGCAAACUACGCUGGCGUCAUGACGGCCUCAACAGGUGCUUCGGGCGCUCUUUUUGGCGUGAUUGCUCUUACUUUGCUUGACCUCCUGUACUCCUGGAAAGACCGACGCAGUCCUGUAAAGGAUUUGAUGUUCAUUAUGUUGGAUAUUAUCAUCUCCUUCAUUCUUGGUCUGUUGCCUGGCCUGGACAACUUCGCCCAUAUCGGUGGGUUUCUCAUGGGUCUGGCGCUGGGCAUCUGCGUGUUGCAUUCUCCCAACUCUUUGAGGCGCAGACUGGGCACUGAUCCGUCAUACGCGUCCAUGCAGCUCAACCCCAAUCAAGGCCCCCCUCCGUUUUUGAAGAAUCCUGUUGGUUUCUUUAAGGGUCGGAAGCCACUCUGGUGGGCUUGGUGGUUGGUUAGAGGCGCCUUUUUGCUGACGGUCAUCAUUGUGUUCAUCGUCCUGCUUAACAACUUCUAUGUCUAUCACAACACUUGCAGCUGGUGCAAGUACCUCAGUUGUAUACCUGUCAACAACUGGUGCGAGCUCGAUAACUUUAAGAUCACCCGCGGCUCAUCAUCGUGA